AUGUCUACUCCAGCCCACGGCGAUGAAGCGAUAAGACAAAAUCUUGAUCCCUCUUUGUACGCUCCCAAGGAAGAUGAGCUUGCCUUCUUCAAGCAACAGACGGGAAUCCAGGACGACGAAGAGUUGAAAAGCCAUGUCAUAAGUGUCCAGACAAAGGCCUACCAGGUCUGCGGGUAUCCCUGUAUUCGUAGAUUUGGAUUCAUGAAGCUCAAUAUUGCCCGUCUCCCUGCAUACCCGAGGGCACUUAGCCUCCUGUUAGAAAGAGCCGAUCCCGUUCUUUUGGACAUAGGGUGCUGCUUCGGUAAUGAUGCUCGAAAGGUUGUUGUGGAUGGUUGGUCGGCCAAAAACGUUGUGGCUUCCGAUCUCAGACAAGCAUUCUGGGACUAUGGCCUCGAGUUAUUCAAGUCCACACCGGAGAGCUCCCCUGCAACAUUCCUUGCAGGCGACGCCUUUGACGACAACUUCCUCGCCAAAACUCAGCUUCCUCCUCCUUCCGAACCGCGACCAGACCUCCAUACCAUCACCUCGCUCAAUUCACUGCAUGGCAAGAUUUCCGUGAUUCAUGCCUCCUCAUUCUUCCAUCUUUUCUCAGAGGAACGGCAACUCGACCUUGCGCAUCGUCUUGCAUCUUUGAUACUACCGGAGAAAGGCUCUGUAAUUUUGGGACAACACAUUGCUAAGCCCCAGAAGGGCCUUCUUAGGGAAGGAACUAUGCUUCCUUCCAUGUUCUGUCAUUCGCCAGCGAGUUGGCGCCAGCUCUGGGAAGAGGAGGUUUUUAGGAAAGAAGUACCGGUCAAGGUGGAUGCAGAGCUAGUCUUUAUCGAGACGAAAGGCUUGCUGCUCCCCCAGGAUGUCAGCGCGAAGUCUACCAACGUUUGGUUCAUGAAAUGGUCUGUGACUGUACUUUGA